UGGGCCUUUCUCUAGCACAGGGUAUUCUUUCCACGGCGUUUCCCAUAAACGAUGAUUACGACAUCGCAUCGAGAGGCCUUACACAGAAUUUUGUCGCAUUCACGGCAUUGACUGAGCUUCCGAAAGUUGCGUUCAACAGCUUGAAGACUAAAAUUUAAAAUGCAAGGUGAGAUUCUAUUUUUCUUUUUAUUCGUCGCCUGGCACUGCACAUGUACGUGCAUGGCGAUGGAUGUGGAUCCUGCGCCUCCAAGGCGCCGACUCCAGGCCUAUUCGUUGGAGCAAAAGAUCCGGUAUAUGGACGAGUACUGGCUGGCUCAUCUUGAAGGACACGACCAAGGGCGUACUCCAGCUGACUUUGCCAGGUUUCGUAACAUUCGAGUUAAUACAUUCCGCCACUGGAUUCGUAACGAGGAUGACAUCAGGGGUGCGCAUGAAGAAUGUCAACGGCGAAGACGGAUGAGACGGGACCGUCAAUUGGGGAACGGUCUUUGGCCAGAAAUGGAAGAUUGCACAGUUGAAUGGUAUCGUGGAAGGAGAGACUUUGGGUUGCCAGUCUCUGCACAAGACUUAAAGGACCAAGCCCAUAAGGACUUCCGACGAUGGGUGGACAAUAUCCCUGGAGACGAGAGGGCGCAGUUGGAAAUGUCUCGACCUCGGCGCUUUGAUUUCAGAGCCACUCCGCACUGGCUUGAACGUUUCAUGAAAAGACAUCGUAUCAGCUAUAGAAGAUGUACAAGGGAUUCUAAGAAAAUUCCUGAAAACGCUGCUCAGCUGGUAGCCGACUUUCGGGAUGUUAUUCAACGAAGAGUGGAAGAGAGUAACUAUUCUAAACGACGUCUAUUUAACAUGAACCAGACAUUUGUGCGAUAUGAUUUCCCCCCUAAUUAUUCGAUGGAUAACACAGGUAACCGCGAAGUCGAAAUAAAAACAUCGAGAGGAAACCCGAAGGAAAGAUGCACAGUCACCCUUUUAAUUGCGGCUGAUGGGAGCAAAGGCCUAGCUGAAGUGAACUUCCCUCGACUGGUUGAACAUGGGGCAGUCGUAGCUGAAUUAGGGAACAUGCACCGGAAAAUGUACGGGUAACUUCAAGUCCAAAUGGAUGGGCACGAAUUGCUUCAUUGAUUCAAUGGACAGAAACUGUACUGGUUGAAUUUGUUAAUGAUGAAGAAACAUUCAUCCUUAUUGGGGAUAGAUACCCGGCCAACCUAAAAGAACGCUUCCAGGAGGCGGUUGGGGACCUUGGUGGACGUAUGGACUAUGUGCCAGGGGGUUGUACAUCGCUCGUGCAACCCCUUGACCUGACAAUCAUGUAUGCAUUUAAAUGCAGGUUAAGGGCAAUAUGGAAAGCCUGGAAAGUGGGCAAUACAGAAGAGGAUGGGACCUGCCCACCAAUUUCCCGUCGAGAGAUCCUCCGUAUGCUAGGCCUUGCUUGGGGUCGAAUUACGGAGGAGUUAGCCUUGCCUGGCAAACGAGCAGAUUAGUACAAAAUAAUGAUGUAGAAAUAGACAUCAAUGAUCUAGUUGUUGAAGAGAAAGAAGAGGGCGAGGGUCUCGAGUUUUUGCCCCUC